AUGGAUCAACCUUUAUUUUCUUGCACAAAAUGCCUACAAAAUUUCCCACAGUCUGAGAUGUCCAGGUCUGGACAAGCAUGCAAAAAGUGCAGUCCUCACCACUCUACAUUCAAACAAUGCGAAUAUUGCAAAUCUGACUUUAAAUACAACGUUUGCGGCGGUAUCUGCCCACACUGUCAAUCUCUUAAAAGCAAGUACGGCGAGCCUCAGUCUUGUUCCAUAUGCAAUUUAAAAACUGCUUUUGGCAGUGCCUUGGUUUGCCAGAGGUGCUUACACUACAGAAACAGAUUCGGUGAGCCACGCCAGUGUCAUUCUUGUGGGAAUACGUGUGCCUUUUUAAAAGAUGAGGCCAGCCGAGAGAAAGUUGAUGGACAGAUUCUUUGUUGGGUGUGUACAUACAAUUUUAAAUUAGCUCGAUCUAAAGAACGCUCUAUUCAUGGAUUCAACAAACGUCGACAUGAUGGUUACCAGCUUUCAACUGCAAACCGUUCGAGAUCAAGUCAUAACACUCUUAAAAAAACUUAUACCGAUGGGUUUGGAACAAGGCAAAUUGACACGCAGAUGCAUGUACAACAGGCUUUAACUACUCAAGCACUAAGCUUAGAUUCUGUGUACAAUGAACACUUACUUACUAUAAGCCAGUUACAAGAUGAGAUCAAAUCACUCAAGCGUCAAUUAACACUUAAAGACUCUGACUUGUUAACCAAAGAUCGUACAAUAGCAGAGUUACGCUCUGAAAUGAUUGAAAUAAAAUCAAUGAAUGAAGAUCGUGUCCGAAAAAUAAAAUCAGCUGCACAGCUUGAACAAGAUCGGAUGCUAGCUACAAUACGUCAGUUACAAAAAGAGAAGGCAAUUAUUAGUCAUAAUACUAAACGUCGUAAAAUUAAUAACAAUCUCUCAAAAAUUACAAACCGAAAUUCUUUGUCUUCGACAACUUUAUUCAAUCCAGACUCACCGCUUAGUUUGGGCUUUGCAAAACGAGUUUCCAAGCCUCUAGUACUUGAAAGCCAAGAUAAAGAACGUGGAAGCGAUGAAACAUUGUCUUACUCAGAUCGAGUAUCGAAAAAUACACUGGACUCAACAAGUCGUUCAGUGAAAAGACAACUUACACCUGACUGUAUUAGUGUACAAAUUUACGAUGAAGACUCUAACUUAGCACCUCAACGUACAGUUACUUCUGGCAUAAGACAAAACGCAGGUUCACCAGGUAUUACUUCAAGUAUAUCACCCAAACCUCCUACAGAUGAUGAAGAAGCAUCUCAACCGUAUCAAUAUGAUCCUCAUGAAAUAUCUGGGAAAAACCCUCUUGGGUUGGAUACGCCAUCGGAGUCUGAAAAUGAAACUCCCGACUGA